AUGGCAGAGUCGAGCGUGCGGGACAUCAAAGUGGGCUUCAGCAAAAGCAUCCUGGAGCAGUCCGAGAUGGACUUGACCAACCUGCGCAUCGGGAAGCAACGUGUGGUGUCCAAGAAGAAGCGUAUGAGCAAGUUGAAGAAGACCAUCCUCGAGGAUCGCGAGUACCGGGAUCCGGAGCGCCCCACGGGUGUGGCGACGGCCGCCGCGGGUCCACAGCGUGCGGCGCCGCGGCCGGUGGGGCUGGUGACCACGCCGAGUGAGCCGGAGCCGUUCCUGCCCAGCUGGUGUCAGAUGGGAGUCGAGGAAGUUGAGAAAGAUGAGAUGGAAGAGAUGCAGGAGGAGGAGGAGGCCGAGUGCUCGGCCGAACCUCCGAACGAGGACGUCGCGGAGCUCAGCGAGGACGUCGCGGACGUCGCGGACGCGGAGCUCGAGGCGCUGUCGAUCAGCGAGGCCCUGGAACGACUGAAGGAGGUGCAGGGCCGUGGCGGAGCUUCAGCCGCCGCGAAGCCGAAGACGGACUUGGAAGUGCGGCACUACGUACACCAGGAGCUCAGUGAUGAGCUGGACGAGAAGGUCAAACAUGUUCUCUCUGAGCUGGUGCGAUUCCAGGAACGUGCCAAGGAGAACCCCGUGAAGUACGCCAAGCUCAAACGCUACUGUGUGGGCUUGCGCGAAGCGAAGCGCGCCAUCAAUCGGAACAAGUGCAAGGGCCUCAUCGUGGCGCCGAACCUGGAAGUCUCCACGGCGGAGGGCGGCUUAGAUGACACGGUGGAAGACUUGGUGGAGCUGGCGCGGGAGAAUGAGGUGCCGGUGAUCUUUGCCCUGAGCCGCAACAGGAUUGGUAAGGCCAUGGGCAAGAACAUCCGCUUGAGCAUCGUGGCGCUCCACAGUGUGGAUGGGGUGCACCAACAGUUCAAGGAGCUGCUGAAGCUGGCGGAUGAGCUGCGUCGCCGCUGGGUCCUUCGGCAGAUGUCGCACGCCACCAGUGAGUAUGCCGAGCAGGCCCUGAAGAGGGCUGAAGAGAAGGCCUUGCGCGAUGCUGAACGUCGAGCUGAGAAGGAGCGGCUCGAGGUGGCGAAGGCGGCCGAGGAGCUGCAACGCGCCGAAGAGCGGAAGAAGCUGAAGGCCGAGAAGGCGGAGAUGAAGGCGCGGAAAGUGGCCCUGCAACAGGAGGAAGCUGAGCGACGGCGUGAGGAACGGGAGGCUCAAGCCAAAGAGCGUGAGGUGGAAAAGGCUCGAGAGGAUCAAGAGAUUGAGGCUCAGCGCGUGAAAGAACGCCUGGCCGAACAGGAGAGGCUCCGGAAGGAGGAGGAAGCUGCCAAGGAGGCUGAGCGGCGGCGCCGGGCAGAGCUCCGACGGGCCGAGGAGGAACGGCAGAAGCGGAUGGCGGAAGCCGCAGCCAAGGUUGCCUCGACGGGGCCGGUGAAGGCGGACGAGUCGGACGCCGAGUCUUCGGGCUCGGACCUUCCGCUGGGCUUCAACAGUCCGCCGGCCGAGCGGCAGGGCGGGUUCGGGCUGGGCGGACGGGGCACCUUUUUGGAGGCAACCUCUUCUGAGAUGGUGCCCGAUUCUCCUAGCGCUGGCGCUCAGCCUGGCGCGGCUGAAGGAUUGCCUCAUACCAUUCAUGACGCCGUGUUGGGGGCAGCGAGCCAAGUGAGCAACCGCUUCAUGCUGUCAUGGCUCCAGCGUGGGCCCUCCGGUGUCGACCGCUCGGACCGCGCCCGCCGGACGUCCGGCCUCGAGCGUGGCCCUGGUGCUGUGGGCUCUGCCGCGCGUUCGCCGCGCGGUGGGACGCCGGGAUGGGAAGGAGCUCAUGCGUUGGCCACGCGGCGGCAGUUUGGGAGGCUCGAUGACCAGGGAGCUCGUCUCGACCACCUGUGCGUCUCCAGCAGCGCGCUGGGUGGCCUGGGGGUCUUCGCCCAAAGCCAUUUCCGGCAGGGUGACGUGGUCUGCGAGGUCCCCGGCUCGGCGCUGCUCGCGGCCGAGCUCGGCGCCUGGCGCGGCCGCGCCUGGAGCGCGGAGGCGCGGCUGGCGGCGCGGCUCUUGGAGGAGAAGCGCAAGGGAGGCGAGUCCUUCUACGAGCCCUACAUUAGCCUGCUGCCUUCGCAGCUCCCGCCCUCUCAUCCGCUUCUGUGGCCUGCGGCCGUCAGUGCCACCGAGCUGCUGGCGGGCAGCGCGCAUGGCUUGCAGGUGGCAGAGGAUCUUUUGCACGCAGGUGAGCAGAACUUGUCGCUGCUGAGGGACGCCGGCUUCGAAGAGGCGGAGGCGCGCUGGGCCUUGGUGAUCAUCGACAGUCGGGCCUUCACCUUUCAAGGAGAGUCCUUGGCGUUGGUACCUCUGUUGGACCUCUUCAACAAUCGUACGGACGCUCAACUCUGGCAGUGCUCUUUUGAACCCGACGGUUUGCCGGAAGACGGAGCGCUGUUGGUGGCCGAGCGUGGCAUCGGCGCAGGGGAAGAGAUCUUCCACUUGUACAACGCCAAUUCCAGCGCGAUGUUGUGGAUGGCUUAUGGCUUUCUGGAGGGUGAAAACCUCUUCGAGACUGCUGGGCUGACCGUGGACCUUCGUAGCUACCGUGAUGCUUCACCAUCGCUGUGGGCGGAGCUGAAGAGAUGCUUUCGGAAGGAUGAAGGUGAUGAAAUGCAGCACCACCUCUUAGAGCUGCCAAAGGAUGCAGAACUGGGAGGCGAGAUGAUGCCUUUGGCACGGCUUCUGACGGGCGGCUCAGAGCCGUGCGCCAACACUACCGAGACAGGUGCCAAAACGCCCACGCGGGAGGACUUGGCUUUGGAGCUGAAGGCCCGCCGCCUGGUCAUCUCCUGGCUUCGCCAGGCACUGGAAGAGUCCAGGGCGGCGGAGGAGAAGCUGAAAGUUGAGAGAGGGGAGGAAGAGCCUUGGAGGUCGGCGCGGCGGCUCCUGCAGCUGGAACGACCCGUGCUGCAGUUGGAGUUGGACGUCUCCGAGAGGUUUUGCUCCGAGGGUUCUGAGGCUUUGGAGGGCGACUUUGAGGCCUUUGCCCAAAGAACUUGGCAAAGGGACUCUGGAUGGAUGGGAUCCAGUUCGCGUCGCGUCGCCGCGGCCCACCGGGCUCCCAGACGGAACCGCCGUGCGUGGCGUUUUGGGGCGGUCGGACCGGGCGCGGCGAUGGUGAAGGCGAUGGAUGCGGUGGAGAAUGGACGGGUCCAUGUGGCGGAGGGGCAAAGCAACAAGGAAUGGCUCCCGCAGAGCGGCUAUGGUGGGACAGGCGGUCUGAAAGCACACCUGGCCCAGCGUGUGCCAGUGCUGCGGGACGCCGCGGCCUUUCGGGAGGUGCGCCGCAUCCUCCGUGAGGACUAUGGCGGGCCUCGGGCGCUCUUGGCCGAGCUGCGGACGCAGGGAUUCGUCGAGAACAGCCGCCUGGCGACGGGUGAGGGUGCACCCUUCAACCUCUUCGCGCGGCUGGCAGAUGGUCAGAUGCAACAACCAGGCAUGGAGGAGGAGCAGGCUGCUUUGAAGGACUAUGGGCAGAUCUUCUGCAUCUGCAAGAACCGGCCUGAGAAUGAUGAGAAGUGGCAGUCCGAGGAUGCCGAGUGGCUCGGGAAGGCCUCCAUGGCGGCACGGCAUCGCUUCUUGACCACCAAGGAUCUACGGUGGAACUUCUUCAAUGCCCUUACCAUGGGCAUGACCGACGAUGACGAUGUGGUUGGAGGCCUUUCAGAAUCCAUUCAACUCUUGGGACAGCUCAAGGCCGCAGCCAUGACCUACGCCUCGAAGAUGGGAACCUGGUCCGAGAAACUGGGCCUCUUCUUCCACGUCUAUGGCCACAACUCGGUGAAUUCUCUUCACCUGCACCUGGUGGACAUGAACUUUUUGGGUCCCACCUUUAAGAAGUUGGACUACAAAAACUGUCCCCUGAGUGCCGUUCUAGAGGUCUUGCAGGAUGAGCUGGCGAUGGCCACCCGGCCGCCACGAGCUCCGGAGGACGUCAUCGACUUGAACGUCGCAGGGGAGCUGCUCUCCGUGUCCGCGGCCACCUUUGCGGCGGCCAAAGGCCUGCGUGCGCCCGGACGCCUGCGGGAUGCUCAGGGUCGCCUCUUCCUGGACCUGCCGGUCGUGCUGGUGCGUGAGAUCUUGGAUGCCCUGCGGCUGCACGGCCUACGAGGUCAUGUCGGACCUCUGAAGCUCAGGCUCGUUGACGAGGACCGCCAAGCUGUAGCCGAUGUGCUGGGCUUGACGCUGGAGUCCCCCGAGACCUGA